AUGAUUGUGCAUUUUGUUUUCAGCGCUCUUCUGGCAGCAGCUUUGAUGGGAAUGUCGCUCGAAACAGUAUGUUUCGAUUUUGGGAAGAAGAGGAGAAUCGUUGUGGCAUUUGCAUUUUCUCUUGGAAUUCUUCUCUCACUCAUCUGUAUGCUCGCAUAUGUCACGUGGUCCCGUUCUCGAUCCCAGCCCUCUUUACUUAUUGGCGGGACAACGAUACAACCCGGCGUUGGAUUUGUCCUUGCAUGGAUUUCUUCCGCUGCCCACUUCUGUACAUUGCUGACUGUAUGUCUUUCAUUUUACUUGAAAUAA